AUGAGCACCCCAGUGGUGCCGCGCGACCUGCCGCUUCCCCCGAAUCAGAGGGCCCAGUUCGCGUGCGGAGAGCAAAGAAAACAAAAACUCAAGGAACAUAUGUUGAAAAGAAAAACUUUUUUUGCGUACAAACAGGAAAAUCAGAUACUAUCCAGUAGUAGAAACCAGAGAGUGAUGGCAUCUGAGGGUCAGGUCCAAGAAGAGACAAAAGCUCUGAAACUUAAGGCAAAAAUGGAUGAUAAAGAAAAUGUCCAUAGACCUACAAAGAGCAAAAAUAAUAUAACAAUGGAGAAAACCUGUAUUCCUUUAAAACCUUCUAAGGAAUUAACCAAUUCAACUAUAGUAAUUGAUGCACCUAAUUUGGAGAAUAAUAAUCAAACUCUGCAGUCGUUACCAAUUAAAAAUGAGCCCCAAGGUCAACGUCUGACAUUAAGCCAAACCUUCCAUAUUAAAAACAAUAAUAAAAAGAAACAAGUGGCUACAGAAAAACCAAAGCAAGAUGCUAACAUGCUCAAGAAACCUGUGCUUGGAUCUUAUCGGGGCCAAAUUGUUCAGUCUAAGGUUAACUCAUUUAGAAAACCUGUACAAGUCAAAGAUGAGAGUUCUGCAGCGGCAAACAAACUUGCAGCUACUGUCUCCAAAGCCACAAAACCUCAACCCGCGAGCACCAGCAGCGUCCCAGGGAAAAGCCAUAGAGCCCCGGCUGUGAUGAUUAGCACUAAAUCUGCGAGCACUACAUCUCAGAGCAAACAGCUUUUGCGUCCCCCCAUUAGACGUCACUACAGUAAUGCCCGUGAUACCCAGGACUCCCUGAAGCAAGGCAUCAGUAGACCCUCUUUCCAUGUAACAAUUCGGAAAGGGUCUCGUGACAAAGAAAUAGCACAGUUAAAUCCAGUUUCAUCCAGUGUCAAAGCCAGUUCUUUUCAGGAAGUAAAAAGAAAUAAGACACUACUAUCCAGAAGCAUCACAUCUGAAAUUAUAGCCAGGCCCGCCUCGUUGUCCAAUACCAGACUGAUAGAACAGUCAAAAACCAUUGACCAGCGCAGACACACUAUAGCAAAAGCAACUAUCGAUAGUAGGUCGGCUCAGCCCAAAGAAACUGCAGCAGAGCGAAAAGCUCGCCUUGGUGAGUGGAGAGCCAGCAAAGGAAGGGCGCUGAAAAGGCCCCCCAGCUCAGCGGCCGCCCAGCCUCCGUCUGCAGGACAGGAAGGGAAGCCGGUGGGCUCCUUCUGGACCACCAUGGCAGAGGAAGACGAACAGAGGUUAUUCACUGAGAAAGUGAACAAGACAUUUUCUGAAUGUCUAAACCUGAUUAAUGAGGGAUGCCCAAAAGAAGAAAUAUUGGGGACACUGAAUGACCUGGUUAAAGAUAUUCCAGAUGCCAAAAAACUUGUUAAAUAUUGGAUAUGCCUUGCACGUAUCGAACCACUCACAAGCUCUAUUGAAAAUAUUAUCUCAAUUUAUGAAAAGGCCAUUCUGGCAGGAGCUCAGCCUAUUGAAGAAAUGCGACAUGCAAUUGUAGAUAUUCUAACAAUGAAGAGUCAAGAAAAAGUUAAACUUGGAGAAAAUUUUGAGGAGGCUUGUACAACCAAGGAGCAAAUCCAAGAAGCCCACCCUGAAGAUACUGGUGUUAAUGUGGAGUCAGAAAAACCUGAAAUGGAAAAUAAACACCACAGAAGUGUGGUGUUUCAAGAUUGUGAAAAAGAGCACAUUGACAAAACAAAAGAUCCAACCAAUGAUGCUAAAACCCCCAACACAGAAACUAGGAAUAGUUGCUUAAUUAAAUAUAAUGUGUCUACUACACCAUACUUGCAAAGUGUAAAAAAGAAAAUGCAGUUUGAUGAAAUAAAUUCUACACUUAAAGAGCUGAAGUUUCUAACACCAGUUAGACGUUCUAGGCGCCUUCAGGACAAGACUUCUAAAUUGCCUGAUAUGUUAAAAGACCACUAUCCUUGUGUGUCUUCAUUAGAACAGUUAACAGAGUUGGGAGAUGAAAUGGAUGCUUUUAUAUGCCGCCCCAAUGCAGCCCUGUGCCGGAUGUAUUUGGAGACUGAAACGACGUCAGAGAAAUAA